AUGCCGAAUAUCGUUGUUCUAGGCGCUGGCGUCUCCGGCUUGACUUCAGCCUACCUGUUGUCCAAGGAUAAGACCAACAAAGUCACCGUCGUUGCGAAAUUCAUGCCUGGCGACUAUGAUGCCGAAUAUGCAUCACCUUUUGCCGGCGCCAAUGUCCUGCCAAUGUCUCUUCAAGCCAAUAGUCGCUGGGAAACACGAACCUGGCCAGAGCUGCACAGGCUGGCGAAGGAAGUGCCGGAAGCUGGCAUUCAUGAAAUGAGCAAGUUAUACCCGCAGUUUAAGAGUCGCGUUUACCGCCGCAAGAAGGAUCUUGAAAAACUCAAGAAUGGAGCGUACGCUUUUGAUGGGCUGUUCCUCGAAGACCCAUGGUUCAAGUCACUCUUUGACGACUUUCGGGAGCUUCCAAAGGAGGACCUUCCCGAGGAUGUAGCCUCUGGAUGCGAAUUUGGUUCCAUCUGUAUCAACACCAUGUUGUACCUACCGUGGCUCGUUGGCAAGUGUCGGGAGAAUGGAGUCGUAUUCAAGCGCGGCAACCUCAAGCACAUUUCCGAGGCUGUGGGCAUGAGCCACACGGGGAAGAAAGCCGACGUCAUUGUCAACGCCUCGGGCCUGAUGGCGCUCAAGCUCGGCGGCGUCAUGGACAGCAAAAUGGCCCCCGUGCGCGGCCAGCUCGUCAUUGUCCGCAACGAGGCACCUUACAUGAUCACCAAGUCGGGCACCGACGACGCCGACGACGAGCUCUUUUACAUGAUGAUGCGGGCCAAUGGCGGCGGCACCAUUCUCGGCGGCACCUACCAAAAGGGCCAGUGGGAGAGCCGACCCGAUCCCAACAUUGCCAUGCGCAUCAUGCGCCGGGCCGUUGAAAUGGUGCCCGAGUUGACCAAUGGCAAGGGCGUGCAAGGUCUCGACAUCAUUCGCCACGCUGUAGGUUUGAGGCCUUACCGUGAGGGUGGAGUGAGGCUUGAGAGAGAAAAGAUUGACGGCACUUGGGUGGUACACAACUAUGGUCAUGCUGGAUGGGGAUAUCAGGGUUCGUACGGAUGCGCUGAGAGGGUUGUCGAGCUGGUCGACGAGAUACAGACUCCAUCCAAGCUGUAA